GUUGUAAGUAGGGAUGGCAAUGGGGCGGGUUUGGGGCGGGUUUGCCUAAACCAUCCCCAUCCCCGCUUUCAAAUAUCUAUACCCAUACCCGCCCCAUACCCAUGCGGGGGAAGUUUUUGCAAACCCAUCCCCAUACCCAUGGGUUUCGGGUACCCAUGGGUAAUACCCGCCCCGUACAUCCAACAUUAUAAUACGUAAUAUUUUACAUGUAGACUUUCAAUUAUAACAUUAAACGCACCUACUAUAUUAUGAAGUUUACAAAGAGACAAUAAUUUUUAAUACGAUUCAAAGCAUCUCAUCCUAAAGCAUCCAUUAAUCCAUAUCAGAGUAGAGUACAAUGUCAUUCAAAUCAUUAUUCUCUACUGUGAUACAUCUAUUAAGUAAUAAUUAACUAACAUAAUCUUGUUAAGAAGGGAAAAAAGUGAAAGAGUGAAGGGAAAAUUGAGACAAAUAAAUUAGAUUUUGAUUUGGGUGGUCACUUAAUUGCAUUUCUACUAUAUAUUUUUAUUGAGUUAUACUCACUAUUAUUGAUAGGUUACAAAUCGAUUCACAUGUUUUUCAUAUGUGAAGAAAUAUUUUUGAUGGGGCGGGUAUGGAUAUGGGUAUGGGGCGGGGGAGGCUAAAACCAUACCCGCCCCAUACCCAUCAAACUUUUUGCGGGUUUUACCCAUACCCGGUCAAUGCGGGGAUUCCCCGCGUUGACUGGAUCGGGGGCGGUCGGAUACCCGUGGGCAUGGGUUUAAUUGCCACCCCUAGUUGUAAGAAUGGCUCAGAUGUCCUUUGAAGGGAUAUUCAAGUUACAUGGGAUGCCUCAGACCAUAGUAUCAUACAGAGUUGUUGUUUUAUUAGUGCUUUAUGUUCUAAACUAUUUGAGUUACAAAGGGUAGAGCUCCAUAACAAUCUGAUGGUCAAACUGUGAGACAAACAUAUAUCUGGAGGAUUAUCUGAGGAGCAUGUUUCAUUGUUUACCACAAAAUUGGAGAUCACCUAUAGUAGAGUAGUUGUACAACCCCAAUUAUCACAACAACUUGCAAACCCCCUUUGAAGCACUUUAUGGAUAUCCACCAUCCCAUUUCGAAGUGAGAAACCCCUUGUCCAAUUCCACAGAAGCAAUUGCAGACAAGUUGUAGUAUGAGCAUAAACUGAUCAAAAUCAUUAUGGAGAAUUUGGCAAUGGCUUAGAACAAGCAGAAGCAAAUGGCUGACCAACACAGGACAAAGAGAGAAUUUGUAGUUGGAGAAUUGAUGUAUUUGAGACUAAGAUCAUAUAGACAAGUGCCAGUGGCAACCAGAGUAAUCAAAGCUUGCUCCAAAAUAUUAGGGACCCUUUCUCAUCACAAUGAAGAUUGGAGCAGUUGCAUAUGAGUUGCAAUUUCCUCUAGACCCAUCCAUCUAUCAUGCGUUCCAAGUCUCACUUCUUAAACGUGCAUUUGGAGCUCAAGUGUCCAUUUAGUCUUUUUAGCCUGAUUAUGAUAACACUGGCAUACUCAAGGUGAAACCUUUUGAGAUUCUUUCAAGAAAGAUUGUAGCUCGAAACGACAGUGCUGCUACUCAGGUAUUAGUUCACUAGUCCCAUAAGGAUGUAGCAUAUACCACUUGAAAGUCCUAGAUGAUUUUAAGGCCAAAUAUCCAGCAUUCCAGACUUGAGGACAAGUCUGCAGCAAAGGAGGCGGACUUGUAACAAAUUAGCCUGGAAUGUAAAUUUAGAAGUAGCAUGAUUGGUUGGGAAGGACUAAAUUGUAAGGAAGUUAGAAGUUAGCGGGUUAAUUGGAAUUUUACCUAAAAUGGGUCAUAUACAAACCCGAGGCACAUUGUAUAAUAACAUUAACUAAUUAAUUCUAAAGAUCACACACACUCUCCCCCCUUUUUCUUCUCUCUCAUCAGCUCAUUUUCCCUCCAAUUCCUCCAACGACUGCUUGCAACAUCCAACGGAGGGUUUCACCAUUGUUAUCUCUUAAAAUUCUAGCAAUUCUCCACCCGAGUUGUGACAUUUUGGCGAGCGAGAUAGAGAGAGAGAGAACACCUUUUUUGUUGGGCUUGUGAUGAUUGGGAAGGUUCCAAAAACUACAACAACGAUAAAACAUAAAGUCAUAAACUACAUCCAGGGCUUCAACAUUCUAUCCGCUUUACCAUGCUCAUUGCAUCUCUCGAGAAAAAUAUUUAAAAAAAUGCUCCUGUGCCACCACUAACGUAGAAGUCAUGGGAACUCACAGCCUCGCAUCCCCUUCGCCCCGCUUUUCCAACUUCCCAUUUCUUGGUUUCUUCGACAACCUGGAAGCAAUGCCGUUGGCAGCGGCCAAAUUUUCCUCGGAGGAAGAAGGACUGAAGUAUAUGGAUCAGGAUCGAAGGCCCUAAAAGAAGACGAUUCUUGGAAGGGAAAGAGAGUUGUAGAAUUUACGAGACUCAGCUUGGGAGAGGGAGAAAGAGUCUCUUCUAAAUUCGUGCCCAACAAGGUCGUCGUCGAGCGUAUAAAAAAUGACAUGUUGCGGUGGCCGUAAUUCCUCACGACCAUCACUCUGGAUUUUUAAUUUCUUUCCAUGUGUAGUUACUCUAUCUUCAACUCAAGGAAAUUUGUCGUAGAGGGCUAGCUGAAUUUCGAGGGUGUUUUCGGAUAUAGAGCAAAAUAUGCCUCCUCUUCGAUUAGUAAUCUAGUCCCAACAUUCACCUACGAAGAACAAUAACUGGCGAGCGUAAUCAAAAGUAUGGAUCCCUUCCGAAUUUCAAUCGAUUACCUGGAUCCACUUGUCCAUAUCUGAACUUGCUUGUUGGUGGCGAUUGUUCUAACAACUAGAAGCUACAUAUUUGCAACGACUAGUUAUGCUGGUUGUUGCUACUACAUGAAUUUCGAGGGGUGAAUCGUUGAUCGAUCGACGCUUCAUAUUAGUUCAUUCCCAUCCAAAAUACCCAAAGUGAACAACUACUGCUUGCCCUAGCCACCGUUGCUCGUCAAAGACCUUCACUAGGAAUGACUUCUUCCUUUCGCAACUUGUCUCCCUGAUCUGAAGAAGAGAAAAGAUUAGAAUUUCGGAGGAGUAAAAGUGUGUGUUUGUUUGGUGGUUUGAAAUGAUUAUGAAAAAAUUAUAAGAUAAAUUUUUCAAUUUUCUUAAAUUACUGGAUUGUUUUUAAUUUCUAUUGUCUAUGUGGCAUGAUGCUGAUUCACUAACAGUCAACGGUGUUAACCCAUUCUUAAUUUAUGGAUUUGGUAUCUCGAUACUCAUACUGUCUUGUGGCAGGUUGGGUAUAGGUCGGGUAAUUUAUCACGAAAAGCGUAUCAAGGCAUGUCAACCCAUAUGAGUAUACAAAUUAAAAAGAAAACAUUAUAAAUAUGAUUAUUCUUUUAAAAAAACCAAUAAACAAACUACAAUAGGUGAAUAGGAUAAAUUAAAUUAAAUUAUUCGAGAAAUUAAAGUUCUCACUUAUUUAUAACUCCAUUAUAAUUAAAAAUGAGAUAAUAAAAAUAAAAUACUAAGUAAUUUUACUAAAAUUACUUAUAAUUUAAACAAAAAUUGGUUGAGAAUCGAGAUGGGAAUUCAGUUGCGGAUUUGCGAUUAAAUCGCUAACCGCACCGCAAACGCGGGGUUAGUGGUUAACCACAAACUGAAAAAUAGCCUAUUUCGCGGUUGCAGUUAGCAAUAUUGCAUAUUUUGCGGUUUAACCGGAACUGCAAUCAUUUAACAGGUAACCACAAUUUAACCGAUUAUUAACACGGUUAACCAUGAUGAGGUGACCCUUGAUUAGUGAUGGCAAUUUGAACCCGCCCUGACCCGCAAUGGGGCGGGGCGUGGAUAUUUUCUUCCAACUCGCCCCAUUCUAUUUCAAUUUCUUACAACAUCUACACAUAUUUUUCCUAUUUUGAUUUUUUUCAAUUAGUAAAUCGAUUUUUCAACUUGUUAAACUCAAUUGCACAUUCAAUUAUCACUAUUUUUCAUUCUUAAAGUGGUUUCUCCUUCGUUUUAUCGUAAAACGUAAAAUAUGCGUGUAUUUUUCUCAAAUAACAUGUUAGAAAUCGACCUGCCUCGUCCUGUAUCCCCGCAGUUUGACCCGCCCGCCCCAUUACCAUCACUACCCUUGAUCCAUCCUUCCACAGUGACAACAUAUCCCACAACCCAAAAUUUCCACAACUCAUCCGAACAAUUACUAAUGUGGUUAAUCACGGUUAGAGGUGGCAAAUGGAUUGGUGGAUCCAUGGAUCAAAUGGAUUGGAUCAAGUAGAUUGGUGGAUUAUUCAUGAAUCCAAAUGAUAUCAUCAACUAAGGACCAAUAUGUAAAAUGUGAAAAGUUUAGGUACUAAAAUGUCAUAAUGAAAAAAUUUAGGUACAAAAACGUAAUUUUCCAAUGUUAUUUUUUAUAUAAAAAUUAAAUUUUGGGUACCAAAAUGUAAAAUAUAAAACUAUAGAUACCAAAUCGUAAUUUGCCAUUUGAAUCAAUUGAUCAAUCCAUGAAUCCACCAAUCCAAUUGGAUUCGGAUCAAAUGGAUUAGAAUUAAAAGGAUUGGAUUAGGUAAAUAUUUUUAAUGAGUUGGUGAAUUGAUUUAAUGGAUUGGAUUGAGAAUUGCCACCGAUUAACCGUUAACCACAUUUUACGACUAGUGAUGAAACUCAAAUCGCGGUAGCGGUUGACAUAUACGAUAUGACAUGUAUGACUCUCUUUCGCUUGUGGCCAUUUUCGAGGUAAGCAACUCGAACACAACACUGCCAAGCAGCUCAGAAAAACGAGCGAAUACAUUUCAUUUCACAGCAAUGGAGGUUGAAGAUGGCGGUUGCGUUUCGAAUUGUGUGAUUCAACUGAGGGACGAUUCCCAGAGGCUGAGGGAGAAGGUCUACGUUGGCUGCGGGGCAGGGUUCGGAUGCGAUAGGCCAUCUGCGGCACUGAAGUUGCUGCAGAGAGUUCCUGAGUUGAACUAUCUCGUCCUUGAAUGCUUAGCGGAACGCACUCUUGCUGAUCGCUUCCAAGCUAUGGUCUCUGGCGGCGAUGGGUAUGAUCCUCGAAUUUCUGUUUGGAUGUCUAUGCUACUCCCUUUAGCAGUGCAGAGAGGGACUUGCAUUAUAACAAACAUGGGUGCAAUGGAUCCUAUUGGGGCGCAGGAGAAAGUUCUGGCGAUUGCUAGAGAAUUGGGGCUUGGUGUUUCCGUCGCUGUUGCCCACGAGGUUUCCUACACUGGCUCAGGGUACUCCCUAGGGAAGACAUCAUUGGAAGGUGGUAUUAGCACCUAUCUUGGAGCCUCUCCCAUCGUCCAAUGUCUUGAGAAGUACCAUCCAGAUGUUGUAAUUACUUCACGGGUUGCGGAUGCUUCCUUGUUCUUAGCACCAAUGGUUUAUGAACUAGGCUGGGACUGGGAUGACUUAGAUAAGCUAGCUCAAGGAUCUCUGGCAGGACAUCUCUUAGAAUGUGGUUGCCAACUCACUGGGGGAUACUUCAUGCAUCCAGGUGAUAAGUAUCGCGACAUCUCCGUCACUUCUCUAUUAGAUGUUUCUCUUCCUUAUGCUGAGAUAUGCCACAACGGGGAAGUCUCUGUGGCGAAGGCUGUUGAUAGUGGUGGGGAAUUAAGUUUGAAUACUUGUGCCCAACAACUCCUUUAUGAGGUUGGAGAUCCAUCUGCUUAUGUCACCCCCGAUGUGGUAAUUGAUCUUCAGGACGUUUCAUUUCACUCAUUAUCAAGUAGUAGAGUUCUUUGUACUGGAGCUAAACCCUCGACCACAUUGGGACCUGAAAUGCUCCUGCGUUUGAUUCCCAGGGAUUGUGGAUGGAAAGCAUGGGGAGAGAUAUCCUAUGGGGGAUACAAGUGCGUGGAACGUGCUAAAGCUGCCGAGUAUCUGGUCCGUUCUUGGAUGCAAGAGGCAUGCCCUGAUGUUGAUUGCAAAAUAGCAUCAUAUAUUAUUGGGCUUGACAGUCUCAAGGCAACCGCCAUCCAUGCUGAUGCUUCAGCACUGAACAGUGAAGACAUCCGGUUGCGCAUGGAUGGACUAUUUGAGUCAAAAGAUCACGCAAUCCAAUUCACACAUGAGUUCACUGCUUUGUAUACAAAUGGACCUGCUGGAGGCGGUGGCAUUAGCACUGGACACAAGAAAGAUAUAAUUCUCGGGAAGGAACUGGUGACCCGUGAAAAUGUCUUCUGGCGCACUGGAAUUAAGCACACCAAACGAACGACCUCAAGUGAUGAAGAAGAAGUUGCACCAAGAAAUGUGGCAAGAACCGGGAAUCAUGACGAGGCCUUACCCCAACAACGAAUCAGUACCGCCGGAAACAGUCCAGCAUUUGCUUCACCAACCCCGAGACCUGCUCCUGCCGGCCAGAAGAUCCCAUUAUACGAGGUGGCACAUAGCAGAGCUGGGGAUAAAGGAAACGACUCGAACCUCUCUCUCAUACCGCACUUUCCUGGAGACGUUGAGAGGUUGAAGCUGGUCAUAACGCCAGAGUGGGUGGCCAAAGUUCUGUCCCCUCUCCUGAACGACUCAUCGUUUCUGGACGCUGAAGGUGUCUUGGAGAGAGAUAGAAGAGUCGGCGAACAAGUAGGCGUGGAGAUAUAUGAAGCGAGGGGGAUCCGUGCUCUGAACAUCGUGGUGCGGAACAUUCUAGAUGGUGGAGUCAACUGCUCUAGGAGGAUCGACAGGCAUGGUAAGACCAUGUCGGAUGUCUUGCUUUGUCAGCAGGUUGUGUUGCCUCCAGAGAAAAAUGGGCUUUAGUUUUCUGCCCCAAAAAUGGGCGUAAAACGUCGAUGGAUGUGAGGUUUCAGAUAUCAGUUUGUGUCCAGAACUUAUCAGGAAAUUUUGGGAUGUCUUCGUGACGUCUCCUUCUGUUAUAGGUCGAUAUCUUCCUUGGAUCAUGCUAUAAGGAGUUGAGAUGGAACAACGCGUCUGAAUUUGAACUUCACUUGGCUGUGAAAUUUGUAGUGAGUAAGCACCAGCAGUGGAAUUAUUAUUAUUAUUAUUAUUAUUAUUAUUAUUAUUAUUAUUAUUAUAAUGAUGAUGAUCAUUAUCAUUACCAAGCAGUGUGACUCACUAGUCACAAGAAUAAAUGGUGUGAAGCACAACUUUGGAGCUUGAAAUAAUGAAGAACAAAAGUCUCGAUUAGAUUUGUUGUUCUGGAGUUUUAAAUGCUUUAUUCGCUUGUUUUGGAUUUGUGUUGAAGACUUGUUUUGGAUGGUUUAUGCACUUUGUUUUGGUACUUCGGAUUCUUUAAUCAGAUUUUUCCGACGACUUAUUAUUAUAUAUAGAUGACCUAUGAUUUAUUGAAGGAAAAAAAGGUUAAAUAUGUAAGUUGGUUCGACUAUAGUUGGUCUAUGAUUUUUUGUUGGAAAAGAUUGAAAAUGUAAGUUGGUCAGAUAUGCCGUAUGCGAAGAAAAAUGUUCAAAGGCGGGGUAAACCUAUUUAGUUUCGAGCCUAAAAAUUAAGACUCGCAACAGGUUAUAGGACAGGUUGGGUCCAAUUAUAAAUUGACAGUACAAAUAGUGUGUGCGAUGUCUUUGUCAAACAUGAAUUUUUUGUAUGAAGUUCGUUAUUUUUAUAAAAAGUUUGACACUAUGUCUCAGAGGUGAGAAAGCUCUACUUUUGUGAAAUAUAAGAGGGAGCCAAAUUAUUUGAUGUAUGACCUUCAUAUGAAUCAAUAAGCUAUACCUUGUUGGGUGAAGAAGAAAUACUAUUUUUUUAUUAUUAUAAAUUCUCUCUAUAGCCUAUUAUACAAAUGAAGCAUAUAAUUAAUUUGUGGUGUAAUUCAUUUUGCUGUAUCAGGAAAAAGUCAGAGAAAUAAAGAAGGAGCUCAUUUUACUCUGAACCAAGGGAAGGGGAGCAUCCAAAACAAUCGGAUCUCCAUUAAAUGUGUCUUAAUCACACGAGGACCAGACAAGAAAUGAGGGGAGAAAUGCCAAAACUCUAAAUAAUUAUUGGUAUUAUUUCGUCUUUCAUUACACAAAGACUAAUCUAUUUUUCAUUUUAUUAAUUUUAAAAAGUGGUAUCCGAAGCAUUAAACAUACCCUAGCCAGACAAUCAAUUAGCCCCAAAUCUCUAACAGCCUCAAACAUACAUAACCCUAACCCCCUCUUAUAAUAUACUUUACCCUUGGAUUGUACAAAUAGUUUACAAGAGAAAAGAAAAAAGAAAACAGGAAGAAGGAGAAGAUGUCAUUCACUGGAACUCUUGAUAAGUGCAAGGCAUGUGACAAGACUGUUUAUGUUGUUGAUCUCUUGUCUUUGGAAGGGGUGCCAUACCACAAGUCCUGCUUCAAAUGUAGCCAUUGCAAAGGCACUUUGCAGGUAAUAUCCAACUUACACCACCUUUUUUUUUGUUGUAUUUGUUUCUUGCUCUCUCUUAAACUACCAACAAUAAUGUGAAUUUGUUUUGCAUGUGUAUAUUUUGGUCAGAUGAGCAAUUACUCUUCUAUGGAUGGAGUGCUCUUCUGC